AAUACCUUCAACCAUACAUCAUUCAUUAUAUUUAAUAUUUUAUUUAUUCUUUUAAGUGACAUCUAUAUAAUUUUCACAUAUAUAUAUACAUAUCAUACACCAUACGAACACGCGCGCGUGCAUACACGUACACAAAUAUAUAUAUAUAUAUAUAUAAAAUUGUAAAAUAUUCUCUACAGCAGAAAAAAUAUGGCGUCUUGCGAUAUUACCCCUAAUACCAAAUUUUACACGCGGGAAGAAGUUGCUAAGCAUAACCAUAGUAGCGAUCUAUGGUUCAUUAUUAAUAAUAGAGUUUAUGAUGUGACUAAGUUUUCAAAUCAUCCCGGUGGAGAAGAAAUUCUUUUAGAACAAGGUGGUCGAGAUUGUACACAAGAAUUUGAAGACAUUGGUCAUUCACGUGAUGCAAGAGAUUUGAUGUUGCAAUUUAAAAUUGGAGAAGUAGUACAAGAAGACGAAACAGAAGAAGAUCGUUGUGAGUUAACUGAAGUGUCUGAAUCAGAUAGUUCUAGUGGUUCUUGGAGAUCGUGGCUGAUUCCUAUUGCUCUCGGGGUAUUGGCAACUGUUGUCUACCGUUACUUUAUUAAAGCACACUAAAUCAUUCCAGAAGUUUAUUUUUUGUAGUUUGUAUCAUACAUAAAUGAUUACUAUAAAUAAUUAAUCAAAGAA